CUCCUUCUCAGCUCAGUCCUCAUCACUGCCGUGCAGCCCAGAAGAGCGACUGCUUGCUGAGACCACCUGGAGAAAAGGAUGAUCCUAAACAGAGCUCUGAUUCUGGGGGUCCUCACCCUGACCACCGUGAUGAGCCCCUGCGGAGGUCAAGACAUCGUGGCUGACCACAUUGGCUCGUAUGGCACAACUAUGUAUCAGUCUUACGGUCCAUCUGGCCAGUUCACCCAGGAGUUUGAUGGGGAUGAGCUGUUUUAUGUGGACCUGGAGAAGAAGGAGACUGUCUGGCGGCUGCCUGUGUUUAGUGAAUUUUCAAGUUUUGACCCACAGGGUGGACUGAGAAACAUAGCUGUACAGAAAUCUAACUUGGACAUCCUGACUAAACGCUCCAACUUUACUGCUGCUAUCAAUGAGGUUCCUGAGGUGACUGUGUUUCCCAAGUCUCCUGUGAUGCUGGGUCAGCCCAACACCCUCAUCUGUCACGUGGACAACAUCUUCCCUCCUGUGAUCAACAUCACAUGGUUGAAGAACAGGUAUCCAGUCACAGAGGGUGUUUCUGAGAUCAGCUUCCUCCCCAAGAGUGAUUAUUCCUUCUUCAAGAUCAGUUAUCUCACCUUCCUCCCUUCUGAUGAUGAUAUUUAUGACUGUAAAGUGGAGCACUGGGGCCUGGAUGAGCCACUUCUGAAACACUGGGAGGCUGAGAUUCCAACCCCCAUGUCAGAGCUGACAGAGACUGUGGUCUGCGCCCUGGGGUUGAUUGUGGGCCUCAUGGGCAUCGUGGUGGGCACUGUCCUCAUCAUCCGAGGCCUGCGCUCAAGUAGUCCCUCCAGACACCAAGGGCCCUUGUGAGUUGCACCCUAGAAGUGAAGGUGCACUGCCCAUCUACGACAGCAGAAGAGUGGAUGUGUUAGACGAACCAUUUUCUGGCCAAGUUCGUCAUAUACCUUCUCUCCUCCUACACUCCUCCUCUCACCUCUUCUCUGCUACUUAAGAUGCUGUAUCAUCUCAAAGUUCACAUAUACCUCGGAGUUCUCCCUCUGACUACCUGAUAAUUUUUUUCUGACCUUAAUUGUUGCACACCAUGGAAUCCCUGGGAUAUUCCUCCCAGUUACCUAAUCCCUAGUGACCCUGAUCUGAUAUCACCAUGGAAGCAAAAUUUCAAGUAAGAAAUAAAUUUUAAAAACUUUA